CUCGAGCCCCACGGGCUUCUGAAGCCAGCAGGAUGAAUGUAGGGGUGGCACACAGUGAAGUGAACCCCAACACUCGAGUGAUGAAUAGCCGGGGCAUCUGGCUGGCCUACAUCAUCUUGGUAGGACUGCUGCAUGUGGUUCUACUCAGCAUCCCCUUCUUCAGCAUUCCUGUUGUCUGGACCCUGACCAACGUCAUCCAUAACUUGGCUAUGUAUGUCUUCUUACAUACUGUGAAAGGGACACCCUUUGAGACCCCUGACCAAGGAAAAGCUCGGCUCCUGACACACUGGGAACAGAUGGACUACGGGCUCCAAUUUACCUCUUCCCGCAAAUUCCUCAGCAUCUCUCCUAUUGUACUCUACCUCCUCGCCAGCUUCUACACCAAGUAUGAUGCUGCUCACUUCCUCAUCAAUACAGCCUCAUUGCUCAGUGUACUGCUGCCUAAGUUACCCCAAUUCCAUGGGGUUCGUCUCUUUGGCAUCAACAAAUACUGAAGGAUGGGGCUGGGGAUGACACUGGACCAAAGGGCUGUAACAUCCUUUCCUUCUCCAUACUGUCUUCUGUAUCUUCAAAGCCUGAGAACUAUACCACCUUUCCCAAACUCCCAGGAAGAGAACAGAUAGGAAAAUGGGCCUCCCUGGGCCCAGCCCUGCUAACAGCAGGUUUCUUUAAAUCAGGAAAGGCGGGAAGGAUAAGGGCCAAAUCACUCUUUUUUCCACAGAAGGAAGCCAAGUUUGGGCAGCUUGUUUGGUGAUUUAAGUUUUUCUAGAUCUUCCACUCCCACUACUUUCCAGCUUUGUUUUACUGUGUA